AUGUUUCUUAAGGGGCAACAUCUAAUUAAUGGAUCUUCCCCAUCAGAGUUCCUUCUCUUGCAGUUCUCCAGAGUUCAUGAACUGCAGAUUCUGUGCUUCUUUGGAUUCCUUGCUUUUUACCUGGCAGCAGUUGUAGGAAAUCUUCUCAUCAUCUCUGCAGUAGCCUCUGACCAUCACCUGAAAACCCCCAUGUACUUCUUUCUGAUGAACUUGGCCAUCCUGGAUCUGGGACAAGUUUCAGUCAUUUUCCCCAGAACCAUGGCCAAUUCCCUCAUGAACUGCAGGCACAUUUCUUAUUUUGGAUGUGUUACUCAAGUUCUCUUUUUCGUGUUCUUUAUGACAUCUGAUUUCUCUCUUCUCACAGUGAUGGCCUAUGAUCGGUAUGUUGCCAUUUGCAAUCCAUUGCAAUAUGAGAUGCUGAUGAGUAAGCAAUCCUGUAUUCGAAUGACUACCCUUGUAUGGAUCACUAGCUUCCUCAAUGGGGUGUUACACACUGGAGGGACCUUUUCUUCCCCAUUUUGUUCCAAUGUUGUCAAUCAGUUUUUCUGUGAAAUCCCAGCCUUGCUGAAACUUGCCUGCUCUGACUUGUAUCUUAUUGAAAUAGGAGCACUUUCCCUAUGUGCAGUUAUUGCAUUAGGUUGCUGUAUUUUCAUUGUUGUGACUUAUGUCCACAUCUUUGCUGCAGUGCUGAGAAUCCCCUCUGUGCAGGGAAGGCAAAAAGCCUUCUCAACUUGCCUUCCCCAUCUCAUUGUUUUCUCUCUGUUUUCAUUCACUGCAUAUUUUGCUUACCUCAACCCCACCUCUAAUUCUGUUUCACAUCUGGAUCUGGCAUUCAGCAUGAUCUAUUCUAUGGUCCCUCCCUUGAUGAAUCCAGUAGUCUACAGCAUGAGAAACAAAGAGAUAAGACAUGCUCUUUCAAAGCUAUUGGGUUUGAGGUCAUGUACUACAAAUGUCUUCUCCAAUCCUGUUCUCCAAGAGUGA